AUGUCAGGCCUACAAAAUCGUAGUUCUCAGUUACUUAAGUACACAAGACUUUUCAAUAAUGGCAGUGUCACACGGUUAACUUCAAGUACUGCUAAAUCAUCGGCUGAAGUGAUUCAACGAGAGAAAAAAGUGUCUGCGAACAAUUAUGAUCCUAGCCCCGUGGUUAUCUCCAGAGGAGAAGGGAUUUUUAUGUGGGAUGUUGAAGGAAAAAAAUAUUACGACUUUGUGGGAGGAUUUGCCACCCUUAAUCAGGGUCACUGUCAUCCAAAAAUUAUUAAGGCCAUGACAGAUCAAUUAAACAAACUUCAUCACACGUCAAGAGCUAUAUUUCACGAUUCGCUGUAUGAACUUAAUGAGUUCUUGACUAAACAGUUUGAUUAUGAAAAAGUUUUGAACAUGAAUACUGGUGUUGAGGGAGGAGAGUCUAGUGUCAAGAUUGCGAGAAAAUGGGGAUAUAGAGUGAAAAAAAUUCCCCAAAAUCAAGCUCAAGUUGUAUUUGCUCAUGGUAACUUUUGGGGAAGAACAAUUGCUGCCAUUUCUGCAUCCACAGAUCCAACUUCCUUCGAUGAAUUUGGACCUCAUGUUCCUGGGUAUCAAAUAGUGCCUUAUGAUGAUUUAGGAAAAUUAGAGCAAGCAUUGAGAAACCCAAACGUGUGCGCGUUCAUGGUGGAACCACUACAAGGCGAAGCAGGAGCAGUGGUACCUACUCUGGGCUACUUGAAAGGAGUUCGUGAGCUUUGCACGAAAUACAACGUCCUUUGGAUCGACGAUGAAGUACAAGCUGGACUGGGUAGAACCGGAAAAAUGUUAGCAGUCGAUUAUGAAAACGUCAAACCUGAUCUGUUGAUCCUGGGUAAAGCACUGUCCGGUGGAGUGUACCCUAUUUCUGCGGUAUUGGGUAACAGUGAAGUAAUGGAUGUACUUACUCCUGGUACACAUGGGUCGACAUAUGGUGGAAAUGCGUUAGCGUGUAAGGUCGCAUUGGCUUCACUGGACGUAAUCAUAAGCGAAGGUUUGGUAGAAAACGCAUUCAAGAUGGGUGAGAUCUUCAGGUCAGAGCUCACUGCUCGUUUGAACAAAGACAAAGUUGUUCUAGUCAGAGGAAGAGGUUUGCUGAAUGCUAUCGUAUUAAACACAGAAGGCGUAUCCAAUGUCUACAAAUUAAACAAUGAACUGAAAUCCAAUGGAAUGAUUUCCAAGCCUAUUGGGUCUGGUGCAUUGAGAUUCUCGCCACCAUUAAUAAUUACAGAAACACAAUUACGUGAAGGAAUUGACAUAAUUGUAAACACUAUAAAUGAUUUUAAAAACUAA